CAGAUUAUGUGAUAUCAAAACAAAACGACAUUAACUUUCAAAACAAAACGACAUUAACUUUCAUAACGUGAAAAGGGAAUUUCGAAAUUGUUCGCAUAAAAAAUGGCUGAAAAAACAAAACGCGUCGCCUUGGUAACAGGAUCUACGAGCGGAAUCGGCCUCGGAAUCGCCCAUCGUCUUGCUUCGGCUGGAUGUGACAUCAUAGUUCAUGGAUUUGCACCCCAAAACAUCAUCGAUGAUGCUCUUGCGGAACUAAGAAGCCAACAUAACGAUUGCAAGAUCUCGUUUGCGGGUGCCAAUUUCUUGAAGGAAGAUGAAAUAGACGCCAUGUGCAUGGAAGUUCUCAAGCUCUACCCGGAGGGCAUCGAUAUCCUCAUUAACAAUGCAGGUUUUAACGAGGUCUGUCUACUAGAGGACUGUUCCAUGGAGUUGUGGCAUCGCAUGAUAGCCGUGCACCUUACAUCCGCCUUCAUGCUCACGAAAUGGGCAUUACCGCUCAUGAAGAAAAAAGGUUGGGGUCGUAUUGUGAACACGUCCUCCCAGAUGGGCCUCAUUAGUACUCCUGGUAAAGUACCCUACGGCUGUGCCAAGUCGGGCCUCAUUGCCCUAGCCAAGGGCGCAGCGCUAGAAGGAGCGGAAUACGGGGUAACGUGUAACGCCAUCUGUCCUGGAUUCGUCGAGACAGAUCUGCUGAAAAUUCAGAUCGGGAAGAUGGCCUCUGAAAAGCAAAUCUCUUAUGAGAUAGCAAGGGACCAAUGGUUUGCUGGAAGCAAUCCUACCAAGAAGCCAGUGUCUGUUGAGCAGGUCGCUGCUCUGGUAGGGUUCUUGUGCAGCGAAGAGGCCGCAAGUAUAACGGGAUCAGCUCAUAGUAUUGACGGCGGAUACACAGCUAGAUAAAAAACGCCGGAUACACAACUAGAUAGAACACACCCGUUACAACAGAUAUAAUAUUGACCAUAUUCCCGUGUAGUAAAAUAUAUUGAUAAAUAAACAGUAUGAUAUUUAAACCAUAUGUCUGUAUUUAUUAUCAUGUUAUUGUAUGUGGAUACGAAUGGUACAUUAACGGACUGGUGCAUGGUAUUUUCCGAGGGUGUUUUUCCAUCCAUUAAAGUAUACAACUUGAGGUAAAUGAAUUGGUUAACAAAGAUAUAAUUUGUUUUCUAGUCCUUUGGGAUAUUUUAAUUUGUCUUUGUAAUUAUUUUUUUUUAUAAAAAAAAAAUGGAAACCGUCAUCAA